AUGGGCUCCCGUCCAACAAGUGAGGUCGAGAUUCCAAUGAACUCCGAAAUUUGUGGUGUUUGUCGUAGGUGGUGGUUAGCACUGUCGAAAAUUGGUGGUGGUCGUCGUGAGGACAAUAGAAGGAUACCUUUACUCGCUGCAAAAAUGAAGAUUAUGGUAGCUGUUAAACGAGUCAUCGACUACGCUGUCAAAAUUCGGGUUAAACCCGACAAGAGUGGCGUGGAGACCUCUAAUGUGAAGAUGUCGAUGAACCCCUUUUGCGAGAUCGCACUAGAAGAAGCCCUCCGGAUCAAGGAGUCGGGCGGGGCCUCGGAGGUGGUGGCCGUGUCAGUGGGCCCGGCCCAGUGCGUCGACACUCUCCGGACCGGGCUAGCUAUGGGCGCAGAUCGGGCCAUACACGUGGAUUUCCCGGGCACCCUUUACCCGCUUUCGAUAGCCAAGAUUCUCAAAGCUCUUGUUGAUGCUGAAAAACCUGGCCUUGUCCUUCUUGGGAAACAGUUUGAGCAGUUAAAGAAAGCAGGAGACUUAAUAGAAUUGUAUCAUGGGUUCGCAAUCCCCAAGUAUGAAGUUGAUCUUCUGUUUAAGAAUAGUGCUAUUGAUGAUGAUUGCAACCAGACGGGCCAAAUGAUUGCUGGACUUCUUAAAUGGCCGCAAGGGACCUUUGCAUCCAAGGUUGUACUGGAUAAAGCAAAUAAUGUAGUGACAGUGGACAGAGAGGUUGAUGGAGGUCUUGAGACGCUCUGCUUGGACUUGCCUGCAGUAAUUACCACGGACCUGAGACUGAACCAGCCCAGGUACGCAACCCUUCCAAAUAUCAUGAAAGCAAAAUCAAAGGUGAUAAAGAAAGUGAGCCCGAAGGAUUUGAACGUUGAUAUAAGAUCUGAUUUAGAAGUCGUUCAAGUUACUGAACCUCCCAAAAGGAAGGCAGGGGUCAUACUCUCUUCUGUUGAUCAACUUAUUGACAAAUUGAAAAACGAAGCUCGUGUAAUUUGACGUGAGAAAACGCAGAUUACCUCUACUAUUGCAGACUUCCUGUCAGUGGAAAAAUAAUAAACAGUUUUCUUUUUUUUUUUUUUUU